CUUCUCAAACUCAGAAUCAGGCUUUAAGGAGCGCACAACUGCACGCAAUUGUCGAGUCUGCUGAAGAAUCAUCUUAAAAUAUCACCUGCAAAGCAGCGAGCAUAAGAGACGAAUACGAGAUUGUUUGAGAAAGUAAGAGGCAGGAAAGAAGACAACACACUAUUUAAAAUCACUUUUAAAAGUGAAAUGUUCUUUAAGAACACGUUUUUCAUCUUUAAAAAAUAAUCGGUGAAAAAAUAAGUUUUUUUUAAAAAAAAUGAUAGUGGACAAAUUAAGACAGAGCAAAUAAACCAAAGCAAAUUCCUAAAAGUCCCGGAAAGAAUAAAGUAAAAAUCAAAACUUAAAUUUACUUCCACAGCAGGGCGCGCACAGAUGUCUGCUCUGAUUAGUGCCUGCUCCUCGUGGCCGGAGAGUUGUGAGCACUCGCCCGGAGAAGAGGACCUUUCAGACGGACGCGCCUCUCAAAGAUCCCCGGAGGACAAGGGUUCGGAACUCCGCAUCAGGAGACCCAUGAACGCGUUUAUGGUUUGGGCUAAAGAUGAGAGGAAAAGACUGGCAAUCCAGAAUCCAGACCUUCAUAAUGCUGAACUCAGCAAAAUGUUGGGCAAGUCUUGGAAAGCUCUGACCCCUUUCCAAAAGAGACCAUACGUGGAGGAAGCUGAAAGGCUGAGGGUGCAGCACAUGCAGGACUACCCCAACUACAAGUACAGGCCACGGAGGAAGAAGCAGCUUAAGGGUAUCUGCAAGCGAGUCGACCCCAGUUUCCUGCUUAACAACCUUUCUCCAGAUCAGAACUCCAUCCUGGACAAGGAGGAGGAAAAUGGCUACUCCUGCAGUCCAAGUCUCCCCAUCAUCAGAAGUUUUAGGGAGCCUCCAGGCUCUAACAGCAGCUCUGGUAUUUACCCAUAUGGGCUGCCCACCCCACCUGAGAUGUCACCAUUGGAUCAUAUAGACCAUGACCCGUCCUUCUACUCCUCUUCCUGCCCCGAAGAAGCUUGUCCCCAUGGGAACAGACAUACCUACCAUCCCGAAUACAUCCAAAGCAACAACCAGUGUGGUGGUCACCUGGGUCAAAUGCCCAUGUCUCAAGCAGGGUCUACCAUGAUUGCCUCUGCUUCCAGCUGCUCACCCCCACUCUCUUACUACAGCCCACCUUAUAACUCCAUGCACCACCACAUCCAAAGCCACCUGAGCCAACUGUCCCCACCUCCAGAGCACCAAAAUCUGGAGACCUUGAAUCAGAUCAGCCAAGCAGAUCUCUUAGGAGAGAUGGACAGGAAUGAGUUUGACCAGUAUUUAAACUCCACAGGCCACCCAGAUCACAAUGGGAUGACCAUCACUGGACACAUCCAGGUCACUCCAGCAGCUUGUACCAACAGUUCUUCAGAAACCAGUCUCAUCUCCGUGCUGGCUGAUGCUACAGCAGCUUACUACAACAACUACGGUAUCUCAUAAACCAUACAAGGACUACUAAGACAGAAACAUUUGGAUCCAUCGGAACGGCUCAGUAUUUCUGCCACAGGCAGAGAAAGUGAGUGCUAUAAGAGACUUAAAGUAGUGAAUGGGCAUCUCAGGGUUGCACGGACAAAAUACAAUAAAGUGAAUCAUUUAUUUUAUAUUCGUGUUGGUAAUAAGAUCUCCACUGUACUAAACAAGUUUAUGGAACUGGUUUGUGUUGACUGUCAUUGUUGCCUGUAUAAAAGCUAUUUAAUGUGUUUACAUAACAAUUGCAUUUUGGUUGUCUUGAAUUUACUUUAAUUGCUAUUGCUGUUGUUGUUUUCCUUGGAGUUUGGGCUUGUGUCUGUAUUACGUGACUGACUUCCUCUCUUUUUCUUUGAAUGACAUGUCAAGUAAAUCCUACUGAAUGUAAGAACAUGUCCAUGCUGCAUUCAUUUUGGCAUAAUAUGAAGAAAACACUUUGUAUUGUUUUGAUAGCCUUUUGUUACUGGGCUUUCUAAAUAUUUACUCUUUAAAAAAAAAAAUUGUUAAUUUAGGCUUGAGAAAUUGAUUUAAUUUAAAUAAAAUAUAAACUUUUAUACACA